AUGUCCCGCAAGGCGAGUGAGAAUGUGGAGUACACGCUGCGGAGCUUGAGCAGCCUCAUGGGCGAGCGGCGCAGGAAGCAGCAGGAGCCGGACGCGGCACGGAGGCAAUUCCAGCAGGACGAGACCCCCGCCUUCGUUUACGUGGUGGCUGUCUUCUCUGCGCUAGGCGGCUUCCUGUUCGGCUAUGAUACCGGGGUGGUGUCAGGGGCCAUGCUGUUACUAAAGAGGCAGCUCAGCCUGGACGCACUGUGGCAGGAGCUGCUCGUGUCCAGCACGGUGGGGGCGGCUGCUGUCUCGGCGCUGGCCGGCGGGGUCCUUAACGGCGUCUUCGGCCGCCGUGCCGCCAUCCUCCUGGCCAGUGCCCUUUUCACCGCCGGCUCCGCGGUGCUGGCCGCGGCGAACAACAAGGAAACCUUGCUCGCCGGCCGCCUGGUCGUGGGACUCGGCAUCGGCAUUGCUUCUAUGACAGUGCCCGUGUACAUCGCUGAAGUCUCACCACCCAAUUUAAGAGGCAGAUUAGUUACCAUUAAUACCCUCUUCAUCACAGGAGGGCAGUUCUUUGCAAGUGUUGUUGAUGGAGCCUUCAGUUAUCUACAAAAGGAUGGAUGGAGGUACAUGUUGGGACUUGCAGCAAUUCCAGCAAUUAUACAGUUUUUUGGCUUUCUUUUUUUACCUGAAAGCCCUCGCUGGCUUAUUCAGAAAGGACAGACUCAGAAGGCCCGUAGAAUUUUAUCUCAGAUGCGUGGUAACCAGACAAUUGAUGAGGAAUAUGAUAGCAUCAAAAACAACAUUGAAGAAGAGGAAAAAGAGGUCGGUUCAGCUGGACCUGUGAUCUGCAGAAUGCUGAGUUAUCCCCCAACUCGUCGAGCUUUAAUUGUGGGUUGUGGCCUACAAAUGUUCCAACAGCUCUCAGGCAUUAACACCAUCAUGUACUACAGUGCAACUAUCCUGCAGAUGUCUGGUGUUGAAGAUGAUAGACUUGCAAUAUGGCUGGCUUCUGUUACAGCCUUCACAAAUUUCAUUUUCACACUUGUGGGAGUCUGGCUUGUUGAGAGAGUGGGCCGCAGAAUGCUUACUCUUGGUAGUUUAGCAGGUACUACCAUUGCGCUCAUUAUUCUUGCUUUGGGAUUUCUACUAUCAGCCCAGGUUUCCCCACUCAUCACUUUUAAACCAAUAGCUCCUUCAGGUCAAAACACCACUUGCACAAGAUACAGUUACUGUAAUGAAUGUAUGUUGGAUCCUAACUGCGGUUUCUGCUACAAGAUGAACAAAUCAACUGUCAUUGACUCCUCCUGUAUUCCGGUUAAUAAAGCAUCAACAAAUGCAGCAGCCUGGGGCAGGUGUGCAAAUGAAACCAAAUUCAAAACGGAAGAAGUAUUUUGGGCUUACAAUUUCUGUCCUACUCCGUACUCGUGGACCGCACUUCUGGGCCUUAUUUUAUAUCUUGUUUUCUUCGCACCUGGAAUGGGACCAAUGCCUUGGACUGUGAAUUCUGAAAUAUAUCCCCUUUGGGCAAGAAGUACAGGAAAUGCAUGUUCAUCUGGAAUAAACUGGAUUUUCAAUGUUCUAGUUUCACUGACAUUUUUGCACACAGCAGAGUAUCUUACAUACUAUGGAGCUUUCUUCCUCUAUGCUGGACUUGCUGCUAUUGGACUCCUUUUCAUCUAUGGCUGUCUUCCUGAGACCAAAGGAAAAAAAUUAGAGGAAAUUGAAUCACUCUUUGACAACAGGCUAUGUACAUGUGGCACUUCAGAUUCUGAUGAAGGGAGAUAUAUUGAAUAUAUUCGGGUAAAAGGAAGUAACUAUCAUCUUUCUGACAAUGAUGCUUCUGAUGUGGAAUAA